AUGCGAAGUAAGAAUAAAUACCCGAGGCGUCUUGGCGAGGCUGUAAAUUCCAUGCAAGUGGAAGUGAUUGGAAUGAAGAAGAGACCACUGGCUAAGUCGAAAAAACGGAAGGGCAAGAAGAGGGCAAAGCGGAGCUCGCUCAAGUCGUCGGCAAACGAGCUUACGGAUUAUCUGAUGACUCUCACACGGAGAAGGGCCGCUAAGAAAAAGGCUUCACUGCUUUCACAAGUUCGUAUAAGCAAGCCGCCGCCAUCGCCCGGUUCUCCAAAGAGGUUGAGAAGUGGGCUAGUCGGUACUCAAAGUGCUAAUGAGCGUCCAGACACUCCAUUUCCGCCCUCGAGCUACCCAGCCUCACCACUGGAUCUGCGACAGGAGCCAGUUUGGGAACCUUCGCACCAUAUGCCGACUACCACGUAUAGAGCGGACCCAUCACCAUUCCUCAAGCCGCAGGAUGUCCCGCCGAUGCGACGGUCGGGCGUCCGGAUGCGUAUCGAUGGAGUAGUGGUGGUCAACCCACCGUCUUCGAACACACAUCAUCAAUACCAUCCUAGGAGCCCGUACAGGGAGGCACCAAGCGUAUCCCGGGCCAUGGACGGGUAA